AUGCCUCAUACAGCACACAAGAUUCCAGAUACUAAUUGUAAAGUUUUUGAUCCUCUUCCUAUUCUUCACAAGUACUCUCAAUCUGGAGAUAUGACCAUUGCAAGCAUUAUUUCUCAUAUCUAUACUUUUUCCAGUCCAAUUCUUUUUGAUCGUCACCCUUCCAGCGAACUUCAAGAUGAAGUGAUCAAUUUUAGUCCAAGCUGGACCUUCCUUGCCUCGAUGAGACUUCUUUCCAUGCACAGCAGAUUCAUCCCAAACUAUAAGUGUGACUUGGGGAACAUUCCCAUUGCAGUAAUUGGAGGACCUGACAUCUGUCUUCACAUGUUGAACCUUCUGUCUAUCUACAAAAUUCCACAGCUCACAUACGGCCCUGCUCCAGUAAUGAAUAAAGAAACCCAAGAUGUAUUUUUACAACAGAUGUUUCCCAAUGAGGUCUUACAACAUCAAGGAAUCCUUCUGUUGCUUUUACAUUUCAGGUGGACAUGGAUUGGACUUCUUUCUGUGAAAGAUGAAGCAGGAGAGAAGUUUGUACAGGAUGUAGUCCCCAAGUUCUCUCAGCAUGGAAUCUGCUUCAAUUUUAUGGAAUGGUUCCCAAAUGUAGCAUUUUACAGUGAUUUUAUGGAUGUGAUGGAUAAAGGACUUGAAAUAUAUGAAAUUCUCAUGAAAAGCACAAGCAGUGUGAUAAUUAUUUUUGGUGAACUUCGGACUAUGUUAAUUUUAAGAACACUUCUUCGUUUUUCAGAAGUAGAAGAUUUAGGAUUGAGAGAAAAAAUCUGGGUUAUGCCAGCACAAAUGGAUUUUACAUCAGUGUCCUUGAACAGAAACUGGGAUAUAUGUUUCCUCCAUGGUGCUUUGUCCUUUUCCUCUAAUUCAAAGGAAGUGUUUGGAUUCCAGGAAUUUCUUCAGAGCAGAAAUCCAACAACAGAACCACAUGAUGGCUUUAUCCGAGAUUUUUGGGAGCAGGUGUUUGAAUGCUCAUUUCCCAACACUAAAAAAAGAAUUAAAAGACCUGAGAACAUCUGUACUGGAGAAGAGAGAUUGCAGGCCCUCCCUGCUUCUGCUUUUGAACUUAACAUGAGUGGCCAUAGUUACAAUGUGUACAAUGCUGUCUAUGCCGUGGCACAUGCUCUGCAGUCAAUGCAUUCUUCUAAAUACAAGCAAAGAAAUUGGAUGAAUUUGGAGAAGCAGAAGUUUCAGGACCUACAAUCAUGGCAACUUUGCCCUUUUCUGAGAAGUGUCUCCUUCAACAAUAAUGUGGGAGAAAAGAUAUCUUUUGAUAGAUAUGGAGAAUUUAUUGGAGGACUUGAUAUUAUAAAUUGGAUCACUUUUCCAAACAGGUCAUUUUCUAAGGUAAAAGUGGGAAGAAUAGAUCAUUUUGCUCCUCUGGACAAAAUCUUCAAUAUCCAUCUGGAGUUCAUCACAUGGCCAGAAACAUUUAAUCAGGCAUACCCUAUUUCUUUGUGUAAUGAUCAUUGCCAGAGAGGCUUUAGGAAGACCAAGAAGGAAGGGAAGCCAUUUUGUUGUUAUGAUUGUCUUCCAUGUCCAGAAGGGAAAAUUUCAGCUGAAAGAGACACAGCUGACUGUUCUCCAUGUCCAGAAGAUCAAUACCCAAAUCACAACAAAAAUGCAUGCAUUCCAAAAGUCAUAACAUUCUUAUCAUAUGAAGAUGCUCUGGGAAUAAGUUUGGCUAUUUGUGCUCUUUCUUUUGCUUUCAUCACAUCUUAUGUGCUCAGGAUCUUCAUUCAACACAGGGACACUCCCAUUGUCAAAGCCAACAACAGGAAUCUCACCUAUGUUAUCCUCAUCUCUCUUCUACUAUCUUUCCUUUGUGUCUUGUUAUUCAUUGGGAGACCAAAUAAAUUUGUAUGUCUUCUUCGACAACCAGCUUUUGGUAUUAUCUUCUCAGUGGCAGUUUCCUGUUUGUUGGCCAAAACUAUUGUGGUUGUCUUAGCAUUCAUGGCUACCAAGCCUGGGUCAAAAAUGAGGAAGUGGGUGGGGAAAAAAAUGGUGAGCUCCAUUGUAUUUUCCUGCACUCUUGUUCAAGCCAUCAUUUGUGCUUCAUGGCUGAUGACAUUCCCACCAUACCCAGAUUCUGAUAAACAUUCAAUGUCUCAAGAAAUUGUACUAGAAUGCAAUGAAGGAUCAGUGACCAUGUUUUACUGUGUCUUGGGUUUUAUGGGCUUCUUGGCCACUGUCAGUUUCUCUGCAGCUUUUCUAGCCAGGAAAUUACCUGACAGUUUCAAUGAAGCCAAAUUCAUCACAUUCAGCAUGUUUGUCUUCUGCAGUGUUUGGUUAUCUUUUGUUCCAAGCUACUUGAGUACCAAAGGAAAAUAUAUGGUGGCUGUGGAGAUCUUCUCCAUCUUAUCUUCCAGUGCUGGCUUGUUGGGUUGUAUUUUUGCCCCCAAAUGCUUUAUCAUUCUGUUCAAACCUGAACAAAACAGCAAGCAUUUGCUCAUGAAGAGAUAA